AUGGGUUAUGGGCUCAAGCGCGCUCGCAUAAUUGGUGACCUGGCUGGACAAGGUUCCGGAACUAGUCAAAGCCAUCGUCUCGGGGGUGAGCUGACUGGACCCCCAUUCCAAGACGUCCUUUUUUCCUCGACGACGCCGGGAGGAUUUACAAGGAAGUACGGGAUCAUCGAAAUUCCUUUGCAAUAUGAACCGGGAUUGGGAGUUCUAAAAGUGUUGGAGAAAGUACCUGUUAGGAAUGAGAAUGCUGGAGAUGACGAGUUAGAGGAAUGUUGGUUGCAAAGGGAGCUGACGAGGAAACUUAAGAAUCUGAGAGAGACUAAAGUGUUAGUGGAAACUGGGGAAGCAAGCCUCAUGAAGUUCAUGAUGAAUGUACGGUGA